AUGCUAUUCAUGGCCGUACAAGAUUACCACGAGGCGCGACUCCCCUCUGGCCUGCAGGAUGUGUACGUCCAGUACAAGCAGGACACCCGCGCCAUCAUUGCCUGGCUUGUCAGCCAUGGACCCAGCAGAUACAAAGCCUCUCAGCGGCUCUCCAUCAAAGACCUCCGUAAAUUGGCGGAUUACAUCCGAACUAAAGCCGUCGAGAUGCCCGACGUCAUCGGUUUCCAAUUCCGGCAAGCUAUUGCAGCCAGAUCACGGCUGAGCAAGGUCUUCCGGAGUGGCAUCGACCAGAGCCAGCGAUUUACACGAACCGAAGAUCAUGAGUUCUUUACCAAUAGUGCGCUUGUCGCAGAUUGCGUUGAUGAGGAUGAAGAUGAUCGCGAGAUCCUUCCCGAAUCCGAAGACUCUCGUCAGCCUGCUGAGGCCUGCGCUGAAUCUGCUCGUCCAGUGGAUCUCAAUUGUAGUCCUAUCAUUGCAGAGGAUCACCUCGGGGUGGCUUUUGAGGCCUGUCAAUUGGUCAAUGAAUUGGUGACUUUAUUGAACAAGAUACACAGCAUAUGGGAUGAGGCAGCUCGAGGUGAACUGAGCGUGGUUGCCGCCGCUGUACUGUCCAGUGCCGCUUAUACUGCAUGCGGGGAUAUUGAGAACAGAUUGGCGCUGUCGUGUCAAAUAAUUGAUCCCGCCGAGUUACAUCGGAUCUGCAAUCAAGCCAACGAGGCCUUUCACGCGUCCAUGUCUCCGGAUGAGUCAAGUCUACUGUCAAACAAUCUGACUACAGGCUUAGAUGAUUGCUGGCAGAACUUACUCAAACUGAAAUACCACAGCCUCAAAAAUGGCUUUGAACAGGACAUUCUCACCAACCAAGGCUCAUUUUCCAUCACACUCGCCAACGGCGGUACAUCAGCCGCCAUCGACUGCGAAUGCCGCAAAGUGCUGCUCCGGAACAUUGUCCACUGCUUGACUGACAAACGUCAAAUUAACAACGUGAUUCGACUCGGCACACCCGUCUACGCUGAAGUGGGCUUCAUGCUCACGCACACAAACGAACAAUCCCAAAGCCUGCACGGCUCUCUCGGCUUGCACAUGCUUCUCGAAUCCUACAAGACCUACGCAUUCAAGAUCGCUCCAAAACCUGCAUCGCUCUGCCGCCUGCAAGCACUGAAAUUCGCCCAGGCCGCACUCCCCAGCAUCGAUGCCGUGCUCGACAGUCCGACAAUGCCCUGCCGCUGCCACGGCACCCUGGCCUACCACCUCGAAAACGUUAAGCUCGAUUUCACAUACUACCUCAAACUCAAGCAAUUCGAUCUAUUCUUCCAGUCGCCGUGGGUGUGCGGGUCCCACAUCGUCGAAAUGCUGCACAUCCUGCACUACUACGGUCUCCGUCUCUUCGCCUACCGCCGCUAUGUCGGCUCCGUCAUACACAUGUACAAUGCGCUCCGUCAAAUGACCGAUUUCGAACCCAUCGAAGUGCUUGAGGACAUGAGCGCCACAUUCAGCGACCUCUUCUUCCCCGGUGGACGGCCGACGCGUCGGCUACCUACGCUACUUGGGCGGCCGGCUGCACUUCCAUUCGAAGAAAUCAGUGCAUAA